AAACUUGCAUUCAAGAUUUAUGGCAUAUGCAUAUGCAUUCAAGGUUAUCUACUGGAGAUUUACGCCCCACUUUGUCCUCUUUUUUGUUCAAACCGCUUUCUCAUUUCUCUACUUCAUCACAGAAGCUGCCUUCAAGCAUGGAUUGAAUCCUCAUGUCUAUGUAACCUAUCGAUAUUUUUUAGGCUUUGCAGUGGUGCUUCCUUUUGCAUAUUUUCUUGAAAGAAAAGUAAGGCCAAAGAUGACAUUUCCCUUGUUUUUGGAGAUAUUUGUGCUAUCUCUACUAGGGGCUAGCUUGACACUCAACAUGUACUUUGCAAGCUUGAAAUAUACCUCUCCUACAUUUAUUACAUCAAUGACCAACACCAUUCCCAGCAUAACUUUUGUACUUGCGAUUAUGCUCAGGUUGGAGGUUGUUGAUGUAAGGAAUCCUCGUGGGAUAGCUAAAAUCCUUGGAACAUUAAUAUCAUUGGCAGGGGCCUUGACACUCACCUUUUACAAGGGACCUCAGGUGCAAAGCUUGCCGGGUGCUCCAAUUCUUAUCAGAAGUAAUCCUGCUCAACAGAACUGGAUAAAAGGAUCAUUUCUACUUGCUGCGAGUUGCAUAACAUGGUCUGUCUGGUUCAUUAUGCAGGUGUAUACAUUGAAAAAGUAUCCUGCACAACUAUCUCUGACUGCCAUGAUAAACUUUCUUGGGGGAGCACAAUCAGCUAUCUUCACCUUGUGUAUACAACACAAACCAGAAGCAUGGUAUAUCACAUUUGACAUCAAUUUCUGGUGCAUCGUUUAUGCUGGCAUUGUAAUCUGUGCUUUAGCUGUCUUCCUUCAACUGUGGUGCACAAAACAGAAAGGGCCAGUCUUUGUAACUAUGUUCAGUCCUCUUUCAACAAUACUGGUGGCAAUUCUGGCUUACUUUUUCUUUGGUGAAGAGCUGCGAACAGGAAGCUUGCUGGGUGGGGCCAUUGUUAUUAUUGGACUAUACCUGCUGUUGUUAGGCAAAGAAGUUGAUCAAGAUCAGAUCAAGUCCCAAGAGCAAUCACCUCCAACUUAUGUUGAGGAAAAGGAUCCCCACAUACACACAGAAACUUCAGCAAGAAGAGAAAGCAGUGCAACAGGAUCUUGAAGAAAUAGACCUGCAUUAUGGGCAAGUUAACAAAUGGCUGGGUGCGAGUGAAAUAUCUUACAAAUGUUAAUAUGAUAUAAAUUAGCUAGGCUUCAUUUGGUAACUUGCAUUUUUUUUUCCUUUUAUCUUGAUUAUAUUUAACA